AUGUAUACCGGAAAAUUCAUCGAUUUUUGCGUUCUACUAUUAAUAAUAUGUAACAGCACGUAUUGUACGGCGAAAUUAUCAUUGUUCGAUCAAAGUAAAAAUGAAUUGGCAUCUUUUGACACCAUAAAUUUCAUAUGGAUUAAAUCCUCUUUGAUUUCCUUGAGCAAUGCAUCCUUGGUGAUCGGUGAAUUCUUGAGUGGUUCAACGCCGUGCAGAAUAAAACCUCCCUCGAUACCGAACAUUGACGUCAUAUUGAUAAAAUUUGAUAAGGCGUCAACAAAUUACGGAUGUUCAUCUUACGCGGACGUAAUUCAAAGUAACGGAUGGCUAGAUGAUCAAGAUGAUCAACCUGAAACGGCCGAGUUUCCUUCCACCGAAUCCAUAACGAUUACAACAACCAUAUCGGGAUGUGAAUUAUCGUCAACACCUAAAUCAACAACAAUUUGUAACAAUGCGCUCUCUUUAAAUAUGGUACAACCACGAGACGAUGUUUCAACACCAAAGGUAAUAAUCUUCUCGUCAAUGAAUGGUGGUGAUCCUGGAAUAAGGGAUAAAUAUUAUGGAGAUUUUAAGAUAUUAUCAAAGGCUAAAUCAAAUUUGGCAUUAAUAAGACGAUCUGAUGCGAAAAAGGUUUCAAAGUUAAAACCUAAAACUUCUUUUGUCGAGUUUAUAUCAGAAACGGGACCUUGGAUGGAAUUGCUCGAAAGCAAAGAAUUAAAAAUAUGGUCCAUUUUAUUCGGAAUCUUAUAUUCGUCCAUUAUAAUCUCGUCAUUUUCAUUAUUCGUCUUGGCCAUAAAAAAAUAUAAAUGUGCUCCUACAAAUCCAAGAUUAUGGUUAUUUAUUGCAAUUAUUUCUUGCGCAUGCAUUUUCCUUUCUAUGCUGGAAUAUGAUCCAUGGGCCAUGCGUUCUAAUCAUUUAUCAGAGUUGAAGUAUGAAUCUAUCGUCAUGACGGGAUAUUACGUGUUAUGCCUUUCUUAUGCGAUAUUCCUGUUUCCAUGGAUCAAAGCGACAAAGAAUUUGUCAGAAGAAGUAAUUUAUAGGAUAGAAUUGGUUCAAAAGUUAUGUCGCAUAUUUCAAUUUGGAAUAAUAAUCGCUAUAUUGUUGAAAACAGGAUCUAUAAUAUUUUACCUGUUUCGAUUUUCUUCAAUGAAAUUUAUAAUACCUUCAAAAAUAUUACAAUUGAUAUUUAUGAUACUGGAAGGAUUAUUCUGUUUGAUUACGAUGUUGAUUUUCGGGAUUUUCGGUACCAUCAUUUUCUUUGCAAGAAUGCAUGAACAACGUUUGAUACGAGCAUUAAGAAAAAGAAGAAGACCAAAUAAUGACGUUCCAAGUCAACCUAGUGCGCGACAGGCACGUGUUGAUAAAGAAAUUAUCACGUCGCUUACGCUAACAAUAUUAUUAAUAAUAUCGCUUUUAUUUAUCACAUUGCAAAAAGUUACAAUAUAUUUAUCAGUAACAAUACAAUCAUUUUGGAUAACGAGGAUAACAUUUGACGUGUCAAAUAUCUUUUGUAGUUUAGUGUUAUUAUUCGGAUUACAUUCAAAUACUAUUGGAAAAUAUUCUCACAUGACGUACACUGGUAGUAGUGAUGAAAACGUUACUAUCUCCACCAUCUCACCUCCCCCUUCAAGGGAUUCUUCUUUACAUAAUUCGAGUAUUGCCGCCGGCGCUACUUCUCGUCAUAAAAGAAGAACUACUGUGGAAAUUUUAUUUGGUAGAAGGAGUUUAGGAUUGUAA